UCAAAGCUUGCAGAACCGGUUUGUCAACCUACGCCUGGAUCGGAGAGGACAGGGUUCCUCAAGUUUCAAGAUGUGGAAGCAGUACUUAUUAGCAGUACUUUUCACACUAGUGGUGCUAUCAACAAAGACGGUGAAUUCACAGCUGGAACCAUGCAGUUCACCUGAUCCUAACAUUGCCGGAACUGUGUACGAGUCCACUUUUUCUGCUUUUGACCCAAAUUCACCACUCUAUAGGACAGACACAACGAUAGAAGGAGUAAAUCAGGGAACUGAUCAGAACUCGGGAGUCAACAUAACGUUUGUUGAUCCAACCACUUCUACUGGUCUUGUUUUAAAUGACCUUUUUGAACUGAUAACUUUACCAGUAUCAGGUUCAACAUUUGGAACUAGGACUUUUAUUCGAUUAAAGUCAGCAAUUGACAGAGAUGGGACUUCCUAUGUAGCUAAUGAUGAUCUUGACACUGUUGAAUUUCAAUUAUCAUGUCGUUCUUUGAAAGACCCAACACAAACAAAGUUUUUCCUGAUGCAGUUGGAAAUUCGAGAUAUAAAUGAUAAUGCACCUAUAUUUGGAAACGCACCUUAUUCUGCUUCAGUCGAUGAGUCUGCACCAGUGGGAACAACAGUGUAUUCUGGGAUAACAGCUACAGAUCUGGAUGCAGGAAGCAACAAAGAAAUAGAGUAUGCCAUAGUUCCUGGAGAUGGAAGCAUUAAUGAUGGGGCAACCAAAUUUGCACUUCCUAUCACUUCAAGAGGAGAAAUAGUUGUCAGCAAUUCUUUAGACUUUGAAUCUGUUCGGUCAUAUACCCUCACCAUAUCUGCGACAGAUAAAGCCAGCAACGUUGCAGAUAGGAAACAGACUACCACCACCAUCACAAUAACUAUAAAUGAUGUGGAUGAUUUAGGACCCAAAUUUGUGUAUUCCUCCUGUUUUAAUGUCAACAAUGUUUGUUUUAACCCAACUUACACAACAAGUGUUACAUCUGGGUCAACGGCUGGCACACUUGUAUUUAACCCAGUACCUGUGGUUCCUGGGAAUCCCAGUGCAGCGGUUGACAUCGUUGCAGAAGACAGGGACACUCUUAAUGCUCCAAUCACCUUUACCAUACGUCAAACCUUGCCAGCUGGGUAUGAGAAUAGAUUCCAAGUCACCACACAACAAGUUUCUGGCUCAGCAAGUCAAUAUCGAGCCCUUGUAAGCCAGACAGCAUCCAUUGACAGGUCCCAAGUUUCUGAGCUGGAACUUUUCAUUGAGGCUCAAGAAAAUGUUGCAAACAGAUACUCCAACAGAGCUACAAUAAAAUUGUCAGUUGCUGCAGCCAAUAACAAUAACCCAGUGCUUAGUGUACCUUUCCAAGGAUACAUUAAUGAAAAUUCACCAGUUGGAACCAUACCAAGGAAUAUUGAUGGAUCUAACCUAUUGAAAAUCACUGUUACUGAUCCUGACUUGAUUGUAGGUGAGACUGGACAGUACACCUUCACUGUCAACACAGGACAGUUUAGAGUAAACAGUGAAGGAUAUGUAGAAGCAGCUGCCAUAUUAAACUAUGAAUCCACUCCAACUGUCACUUUCACUGUCACAGCGACUGAAGUUGGAACCCAGAACCCAAGAAGUGGAACUGUACAGGUCACUGUAAAUGUGCGAGACCUGAAUGACAACACUCCAGUAUUUGGUGCACCGAGAUACGUAGAUAGUAUUACAGAAGGAGAUUAUACUACAAACAAUCAAGUUUUACUGGAUGUAUCAGCCAGUGAUGCAGAUAACGGAGCAAAUGGUGACAUUGUAUACACCAUACAAAGUGUCUCAAACAAUGGGGCUUCCAAGUUUUCAAUCCAGCCAAAUGCACAAACAAGAAGAGCAACUAUAAGUUGUAUAGGAAGUGUAGCAGAGGGGGAAAUUUAUGUCAUCAUGGUUGCUGCAACAGACCAAGGUCAACCUGUCUCUGAAAGAAGGACUGCCACAGUACCAGUGGAAGUGACUGUGACCCCAUUAGGGACACGCCCACCUGUCAUUGAGGCCCCUGCUUUUACAAUUUCUGUCAGUGAGGCUGUUCCAAUUGCUUCAUCCGUCUUCACUGUUCCGGCUAGGGACCCAGAAGGACUACCAUUGAGUUUCUCCAUCAUCUCAGGAAAUGUCAACAAUGAUUUUGGCAUUAAUUCAACAACAGGGGAAGUUAGAACACAAAGAGCACUGGACAGAGAAGCCACCCCUCGGUACACAUUAAAUAUUAGAGUGCAGGAUCAGAGUGGACUGUCAGCACAGACAACCUUGACAAUCAUAAUCCAAGAUGUCAAUGAUAACAAUCCUCUUUUUACACCUGCUUCUUACACAUUCUCUGUACUGGAGGGAAGAGCAAAUGAAGAUGUGGGAACAGUUACAGCAACAGAUGCAGACCAAGGUGCAAAUGCAAACAUUAAUUACCAAAUAUCACCUUUUUCAUCUACUGGUUCUUCUAGUUUAUUUACCAUUUUACCAUCUGGGCUGAUAAGAACAACCACUCCAUUAGACUACGAAACAAGAACUUCCCAUGUGAUUCUGGUUCUGGGCAUUGAUGGAGGAGCUAGUAGUAGAACAGGAACAGCUACUGUUACUAUCAACGUUCAGGAUGUACAAGACACCAUUCCUUUGUUUACAGAGACUAACAUUGUCCGCUCUAUUCCUGAACGACAGUCAAUUGGUACAUCUGUAGUGCAAGUAACGGCCUUGGACCAGGAUGUAGUGGAUCAGAUCACUUACAAAUUCAGUGCAGGAGAAUUCAGUGCCUUUAGUAUCAACCAGAAUAGUGGCUUGAUUACAAACAAUCAACUUCUCCAGUAUGAGACUAAAACUAGUUAUGUGUUCCAAGUGACCACAGUUGAAGGGGAAGGUUCCAAUGCUUUGUCUGCAACAGCAACAGUCACCAUAAAUCUAGAGGAUAUCAACAAUUAUCGUCCAGUCAUUCAGGCUGUUCCUUCCAAUCUUCGGUUCUUAGAAAACGUCCCAGUGGGGACCGUUCUCCUCUCCAGUAUUACAACAACAGAUGCUGAUGCACCGAACACAGCCAACAGUCGACUCAUAUACAGAAUUACCUCUGCAACUUCCAGUCCAACACAAAAUCAAAACAUUCUGGAAUGGUUCUAUAUCAAUCCACAAACUGGUCAGAUCACACUGGCAAGAUCAUUUCAGCAGGACCCUGGUGUUACAAGAUAUGAUAUUGCAGUGACUGUACAAGACAGUGGAGUGCCCCCAUUGGCUGCUUCUACCACAGUCACCAUCACUGUGGUCAGAAACACAGCUCCAUUUUUCCCAGCUCCUAAAUCGAAGACAGUUAACAUUCUCAACAGCCAUCAGGUUAAUUCUGAAGUCACCACCUACACAGCCACAGACAAUGAUAAUGAGCCUCAGUUUAACCAGGUGACAUACUCCAUGGUAACAGAUGCCACUAGCGGUUCCUUGUUCAGACUGGACUCUAACAGUGGACGGAUUACACUGAUUAGCACCCUUACAGCGGAUGAUGCUUCACAGUAUUCACUGAUCAUUGUAGCCAGAGACAAUGGAGGUUUAUCUGAUACAGGAACAGUUGUUGUCAAUGUGAACCGUAAUAAUUUUGACCCACAGUGGCUUCCACUUGGUGGCCCCUACAGUGCCUCAAUCAGUGUUACUGAAAAUAGACCCGUCCUAGAAACGGUCUACACUCUGACAGCUCAAGAUCAGGAUAUUCAGGCACCAGGUAAUACUAGAGUCUACAGCAUUUUGUCAACUGCCAGUGCUGCCCAGCAUUUCCAAAUUAACAGUCAAGGAGAAGUCCAGAUCAUUCGUUCUCUGGCCAUUGAUCGGUCUGUCAACCAGUAUGUGCUGACUAUCCAGCUAAGAGAUGGUGGAAAUAGAGUAGCCGCAAAUCAGUUCACUCUGACCGUAAACAUCGUCAGAAACUCUAAUCCUCCAGUGUUCUUUGACACUUCAUAUUAUAAAGAAAUUGAAGAGACUUUAAGUGUAGGCUCCAGUAUUCUACAAGUACGGGCCAGUGAUCAGGAUCCUGAACUACAGUUCAGAACAAUUACCUACACACUGCUAGCUAACACUGCUGGAAAUAACCUGUUUUCUAUGGAACCAGCGACUGGUAUCGUUAGAGUAAAGAGUGCACUGACUGGAGACCCAACUGUUACCUUUAACAUGGUAGCAGUUGCUACAGAUGGUGGUAGUCCCUCCCAGUCUGCUAACGCAAUGGUUACCAUCAAGGUCAACAGAAACCGCAACACUCCGGUGUGGAAUACACUGAAUUAUCAGACAACCAUCUUGGAAAUUCAGGCAGUGGAUGUACCCUUAACUCUUAGUCCAGGUGCCCUUACUGCCACAGACAGUGAUGCCCAGCCACCCAAUAACCAGGUCAACUACCACUUAAAAGCUGUUGUUGCCAGCUCAGGGUUGACAACAUAUCCAAGUGAACAGGGCAACUUUGCUGUCAGUAGCAGUGGACAGGUGACAGUCAGAAGUCCAUUAAAUGGACUUUCUGCUACAACUUAUCAGUUGCUAGUAGAAGCCUAUGAUUUGGGAGAUCCAUCCAGGACUAGCUCAAGCAAUGCCACAGUCACUGUUAAUGUACAGCGUAACAGAGCACCGUCCUUCCCCUCGUCAUCCUAUGCCUUUACCAUGAGGGAGGAUGCUACAGUCACUCCUCCUACCACAAUUGGACAGGUGUCUGCAACUGAUCCAGAUACUGGAAUCCCUCAGUUCAAUACGCUGUCAUAUGUCAUAGAAUCUUUGGGAGUAGGAUCACCCUCUGUAUAUUUCAACAUAGACUCCAAUGGCCGCAUCACAUUACGGAAUCUUGUAGGAGGAAUAUCCCAGUCAGAAUUCAGGUUUUUGGUACGAGUUUCAGACAAUGGAGUUCCAUCCUUGUCUGAUGAGGCAGUAGUCACCAUUACAAUAAACAGGAAUCUGUGGGCUCCAGCUUUCAAUCCUCUAAACUAUGCCAUCACCAUUCAAGAAAAUCUGCCAGCUGGUGCCGAAACAGGUGUCACAGUGUCAGCAACUGACCAAGAUAUUAAUCCACCAAACAAUCAAAUUGAGUUUUCUGCCAUUGGGGACCAGACUGCUGUGCAGUACUUUGAUGUUGAAGCAACCUCAGGGAAAGUUCUGGUGAAACAGCCAUUAUACACUGCAACAGCCACUCAAUACCAGCUGAAUGUCAGGGUUUCAGAUAAGGCAGAAAAUCCACUGAUUUCCCAACAAACUGCCACAGUAACUAUCACUGUAGAACGAAACCGUUUCGCACCAGUCUUCCAGAAUCUGCCCAGUACCCAGUCUCUUCCACGGACCUCAGGAGCAGGGUUUAAUGUUUACACUGCUUUUGCCAAUGACAGUGAUACAAGGUCUCCAUUUAAUGUUGUCUCAUACUAUUUGGUGUCUGGAACCAAUGAAUUUUCCAUCAACCCCACAACUGGUGUUGUAACCCUGCAGACAAAUUCACUCUCUCAGGCUGAGUAUGUGUUGACAGUUGAGGCCAGAGAUGGAGCAAAUAUUCCCAGGAGGACCUACUCCUUACUGACCCUGAAAGUGGACAGUAACUUGGCCAAACCAGUCUGGGUGAGACCUGGUGCCGGUGAUUCAUAUGCAGCUCAGGUGACGAUUCCGGAGACCCAGGACUAUGUCACAUCAGUGUAUGACUUCCAAGCCAACGAUGCAGACAAUGUGAGCCCUUACAAUACUGUAAGAUAUGUGGUGGAAGGUGAAGGAAAUGCUCCAAGCUUCUUCACUGUGGCUGAUAAUGGACAAACUUUCCUGAAAACGUCUUUACUGCAAAGAACUGAGACACAGUUUGUGCUGUUGGUAAGAGCAGAAGAUGGUGGAAAUCCACCACGGCAAGCAGACAACAAAGUCAGACUGACCAUCAAUAUUAUAAGGAACAACAACGCUCCACAGUGGCAAAACCCUAUGACGUCAGCUCCGAUCUCCCAGCAAGCCGCUGUAGGACAGGCUGUUGGGACCUCUAUGCUGGCAACAGAUUCUGACGUCACCUUCAAUGUUGUAAGAUACGAGAUCAUUGGAGAUGGUAAUGCUGCCGCUUUCUUCACCAUUCCUAAUCCAAGCGUUGGGCAAAUCACAGUAGCAAAUUCGUUGGCCUCAUCAUCAGACCUGAUAUACUAUAUCCGAGUGCGAGCCUAUGACAAUGGAGUUCCAGCAAAAGACAAUGUCACUGUUGUGACUGUGACAGUGGAAAGGAACAACUUUGCCCCAGAGAUCACUACCGCUAAUGUUGCUGAAAGAAUCCCUGAGACACAAGAUCUGGGAGUUACUGUUGCUACAGUGAGGGCUCAAGAUAGGGACACCCAGGCUCCACACAACCAGAUCAGAUUCAGAUUGUUUGCUACACAACCAGCUUCUGAUUAUUUCGACCUGGACAUUUUAACUGGAAACAUUUAUGUGAAAAGGGAACUUACAUUAGAUACAGCCACUAGAUAUCAGAUGAGCGUACAAGCUUAUGAUAUGGGGAGUCCCUCCAAAACUUCGUCUACAAAUGCCACAGUGACGAUAGACGUGUACAGGAAUUUACAGACCCCAUUCUUUACUGGUGGACCAUUCAAUGCCAUCAUUCCUGAGACUUCUGUUGUUGGAACAUCAGUACUUCAAGUCAACUUUGGAGAUUCUGAUACUGAUGCUCCAUUUAACACCGUGACUGUGUCGGCCAUUGGAGACGACAAAGCACUGACUUACUUCCGUCUAGAAAAUACUGGACGUUUGUUUGUAAACAGUGAUUUAACUGCUGACACAGACACUCAAUAUUUGAUGAGAAUUUUGGCCAGAGAUGGUGGCUCUCCCUCUAAAACAGCAACAACUGUAGCUACUAUAACAGUUCAGCGCAACAUCAAUAAUCCAGCCUUUGAACGACAGUCUUAUAAUGAAACCAUUCUGGAGACCAGGCAGCUUGGACUUUCAUUUUUGCAAGUGAAAGCUACAGAUAAUGAUCGAAGGGCACCAUACAAUACAGUACGAUACUCCAUCAGCUCUGAUGCUGGAAGUGCUCUUGGUGCUCAGUAUUUUAUGAUUGAUGAAGUCAAUGGAAACAUCAGUCUUCGCCAGUCACCCAUGCUGGAUAAUGCAAGAACCGUGGAUUAUACAUUCAAUGUCAAUGCCGUGGACGGAGGCGGUCUUCAGGCUACAGCCCCAGCCAGCGUAAGAGUGACAGUGAUUAGAAACACCAAUGCUCCAGUGUUCACUAAUCUACCCAGAGACAGCCUGAUCAAUCACAACACCUCACUAGGAGUGGCAGUCUACACAGCCUCAGCAACAGACCCGGACCCGGGUGUGUUUGGACAGCUCACAUACUCUCUAACCGGGGACGGAGAUUCUCUUAGUGUGUUUGCCAUAAAUCCUACUACAGGGGCAAUCACUCUGCAGCAGUCAGUUUUCCAAGGAACCACAACUCUGUACAUGUUGAGGGUGCGAGUUCAGGAUGGUGGCAGCCCAAGGAAAGAAGCUGUCAGUACUUUGACUCUUACUGUGCAAAGAAACUUUGAGGCUCCAAGUUUUGUACAAAAUAGCUACGCCAUGACCGUCAGGGAAGACAGAGCUAUUGGAUUUUCUUUCGGUAGACUUUCUGCUACAGAUUCUGAUUUUGCAAGUCCAAACAAUGUAGUUCAGUACUACUUCGCUGCGUCUACACCUUCGGAGAGAUUUUUAAUCAAUCCUACCACAGGAGACGUUAGCAUUAGAAAGGAUCUGACCACAGAAGAAACAAAGACUUACAACUUCAGAGUCCAAGCUGCAGACUCUGGCUCUCCUCAGAGAACUAGUCCAGAAAUUCCACUUACCAUCACGGUCCAAAGGAAUGACUUUGACCCCUUAUUUGGCAACCUGCCAGGCAGCGUAACAAUCCGAGCAGACAUUGCACAGGGUUCCACUGUUUACACCAUUAAUUCAACUGAUGCUGACACUGUUAAUGAUUUCCAGCGUCGGGAGUAUGAUAUUGUUGGAGAUGAUGCAGCCACUGGAUUGUUUACUGUUGAUCAGACAGGAAGAAUUUUUACCACCACAGGACUGACCAAUGAUCCUUCAGAGCAGUAUAGGGUUCGCUUGCGUGUAAGGGACUUUGGAACACCGCGACGAUCAUCCACGGGUGUACUCCUGGUCAAUGUUACCAGAAACCUGUUUAAUCCAAGUUUCAUUCCCACUCAAUAUCAACAAACCAUUCUUGAAACCCAGACUUUGGGGGCUAGCAUACUACAAGUGACAUCUACUGAUGCAGAUACAACG